AUGACUCUCAGUGACCCCACUUAUAUCACUCCUUUCAUUGUUAACAACAAGCCCUAUACCACCACUAAGACCUUCACUCCUUUCCCGAAUGGGCUGCAACAAACAUUCGAGCUCAGAGAGUGUUUGGCAAUUGAGACUGCGGCGAACGGGCCUUGGGUCGACUUUAACAUGAGUACGGCUUCAGAGUUGACACGACGUGUGGCAGGUGAACUGGCGGGGAUUGAAGGAAGCGUUCCAGAUGUUCGAGCUCCAGGACGAGCUGCAAUAAUUGUUAAGGAACCCCUCGGUGUUGUACUUGCUAUCAUUCCUUGGAACGCGCCAAUCGUUCUCCUCGUACGCGGAAUUCUUUACGCUGUCGCAGCCGGAAACACAGUAAUAAUCAAAUCCUCCGAACUCUCCCCCCGAACCCAUUUCAUCCUCACCUCUCUUAUUAUAUCCGCCGGCUUUCCGCCGGGUGUCAUCAACCUCAUUGGACAUUGCCGUGAAGAUGCAGCGGAGAUCACCGAAGCUCUUAUCUCGCAACGCGCCAUACGAAAGGUCUCAUUUACCGGCUCUGCAGCUAUAGGGAAACGAAUUGCAGCACUUGCUGGGGAGCAUUUGAAGCCUGUUGUUAUGGAGCUUGGUGGAAAAUCACCUUUGAUUUUGUUUGAGGAUGUCAAUGUUGAAGAAGCUGCAGGAUCAGCUGCCUUUGGGGCGCUUGCAUUUGCCGGGCAAGUGUGCAUGUCGACCGACAAGAUAAUUGUCCACUCCUCUAUCGCGGACGCCUUUGCAAAGGCGUUCAUCGCUGCCUCAGCAAUCUUCGGUACUUCUCAAAUCCUCCUGCACCCAGACGCUCCACGACGGGUAAAGGCACUCGUGGACUCUGCUGUUGCCGCUGGCGCAAAGAUUGUCAACCAGGAGGCCUAUGACAGCUUCAACUUUGAGAGCGGCGGCAACUCCUUCCCAAAUCUUCUGAUCCGUGGCGUGACAGAUAAAAUGGAUUUAUAUCACCAAGAGAGCUUUGGGCCUAUUGCCUCCUUAUUUGUUGUAGACGACGAGGAGGAGGCUAUCAGGAUUGCCAACGAUACCGUUUAUGGUCUUGUGGGUGCUGUCUGGUCGAAGGAUCUUAGAAGAGCAUUGAGAGUCGCGAAGAAGUUACAGACUGGUCUCAUUACUAUUAAUGGCGCCACACUUUCGUGGGAGGCGCAAUUGCAAUUUCACGGGGUCAAAGAUAGUGGAUUCGGGAGGGAUUCUUUGGAUUCUUACCUGACUCCCAAAGUGAUUACCUAUGAUAUUUGA